AUGGAUAACUCCGUCGAUCUAGAUCCUCAUCUACUCAUCACUGGAGGUGAUUGCCAGCAGCUACUAGUGAGUGCAAACUCAAAAGACGAAGAAAUUGGAGAGGCAUCUCUCAUUGCAGUAGGAGAUGUGCUUCCGACAAGGUUCUGGGCCGACAAGUUGGGUGGUUGGAAAAAAGAUUUUGGUGCAAUGAAAAAUGCCAAGUUUUCGUUGCUUUUAGGAGAACCACAAGAUGCAGAGUUCCGAAAAGACUGGGCAAAUACUGUUGGUAGAAUUAACGGAGCGACCUCUCAAGUCGCCACAAGCACCUCUGCAUGUAGCUGCAUUCAGACGGAGAAUCAUUCUACUCAAAUCCGGUUUGGAGCUCCUGUUUUUGAGGCGUUGGAUCCUACAAACAGCGUGCUCAACGAAGUCAUACAAACUUGGCCAGUGGAAGCAGAAGACCAAAUGGGUCUCGACCAAUUAAAGCAAACCCAUCAUGUCAAUUGUUUAAAGGUUUUUGAUACCGACGACUCCUCAGUACCUCCCCAUAAGGUAUCAGCAUUGCUUAAAGGUGCCCUAGUAGAGGUACAUUUUUCCAUGCGCCAUUGGAGCAUUCACCACAAUAACCAACCAGCACAGCACGCAUUUUGCUGCACAAUGCAUCAAAUAUGUGUCCUUAAGCGUGCGCCUCCUCCCCUAUCUAGUCCUUACAAGGGGAGAUCACGUCCAUAUCACCCGCUACCUGCUAAGAAAGGGUCUAUAUUAAAUUCAGGCUCUUUGCUCCCACCUGCUGAGAUCCAAUCUAUAGAGAGAGAGCCGAGAGGGGUCUCGGCGUCUGCAAACAUCGAAAAUUUGCAGGUUUCCCAUUCAGAAUUAACCGAUAUUCAUUCCUCUACCCAGCUGGCUCUGGGUCUUGCGGAUAGAGCAGCCCGGGCCUCUCCUAUUACACCUGCACUGGUGCGAUCAUCUACAAAUCGUUCCGUGUUUCCAUCAUUCCCAAUACCGGGUUCUGAGGGAGCAGUACGGUUGGGUAUUCUGCAACAACUUACAGGUCCAUCAACCGCGUAUGCAUCGCUUUUGGGACCAACAGGUCCUAUGUCUGUAAUUAAUGAUGGCAUUGAAAACCUACCGUCUGUACAUAUAUCGACGCCACAGGUAUCAUUCCUAGACCUAGACCAAAAUAUCCCAGUUUCUGCCAAGCCGAUGCAUGGCAUGGAGGCUGCAGCCAUGCACCCUGUGCACCCUCCCAUAUACGAGUUAGAUGAGGGACACUGUGACCUGGAAAAUAGCCGAGAGAGACAGCCAGACGCACCGACUGAUGCAAAUUUUAUUGGACAUGAAUCGAAUGGAGGAAUCGGAGACCCGGGACCUUUUCAACAGGUAUUGUAUGAGCAUGAGCGUGACGCCGACAGUUCACAGACACAAGUUAGUUCAACCAGCAGCCCACAGCCACAAGUUAGUACGUCCAGCAGCAGCAAAGGAAGGCAGAGUAACACGAAGGCCAAAAGGAAGAAUAAUGAGGGAGAUGCGACAGAAUGUUCGCUCCAACCUCGAGUUUCAUACUCUUAA